UCGUCGUCUCCGCGAAUUCUUCUCUGCGUAAGGCCAAAGAGAACAAAAAAAAAAAAAAAAGAAAAGUUUCUCCUUUUAUCAUUCCUUCUUCUCUCACUUUUCUCUUUCCGAGUUCUUUUUUUUUUUUUUCUUUUGAUAACUGCGAUCCUCUUCAAGAGGGUUAAUCUGGCAUAUCAUAGUCAUACAUUUUGUACCGAUCAAUCCACUCAUAUAACACAAUCUUGUCGCGUAUCGAAAACGAUUUCAUAAUAAUCUGUGAAUAUACAAAGAGAAGAUGGGUGUUCCGUUAGUGUGCCACGGGCAUUCUCGUCCCGUCGUCGAUGUGGCUUAUAGUCCGGUGACUCCAGAUGGGUUCUUUCUCAUUACCGCCAGCAAAGAUUCGAACCCGAUGUUGAGGAAUGGGGAGACUGGUGACUGGAUUGGGACUUUUGAAGGACAUAAGGGUGCAGUUUGGAGUUGCAGCCUUGAUAAGAAUGCUAUGCGUGCUGCCUCAGCUUCUGCAGAUUUCACUGCGAAGAUAUGGAAUGCAUUAACAGGAGAUGUAUUACACUCCUUUGAACACAAGCACAUUGUCCGUGCAUGUGCCUUCUCAGAGGACACUCACCUGUUACUCACUGGUGGAAUGGAGAAAAUUGUUCGGAUAUUCGAUUUGAAUAGGCCAGACGCACCGCCAAAAGAAAUUGGAAAUUCCCCUGGUUUAAUCAGAACCGUUGAAUGGCUUCAUAGUGAUAAUACUAUCUUAAGCUCUUGCACAGAUACCGGUGACAUUAGGUUAUGGGACAUAAGAAGUGAUAAGAUUGUUCAAACAUUAGAAACAAAGUUCCCGGUUACUAGUGCUGAAGUAAGUCAGGAUGGGCGAUAUAUAACUACUGCUGAUGGAUCUAGCGUUAAAUUUUGGGAUGCCAAUAAUUUUGGAUUGCUGAAGAGCUAUGACAUGCCUUGCAACGUUGAAUCGGCAUCCUUGGAACCAAAACACGGAAACACUUUCAUUGCUGGAGGAGAAGAUAUGUGGGUGCAUAGGUUUGAUUUUCAGACUGGAGAAGAGAUUGGGUGUAACAAGGGUCACCACGGACCAGUCCACUGCGUGAGGUAUGCGCCAGGAGGGGAGUCAUACACGUCAGGUUCAGAAGAUGGGACGGUCAGAAUAUGGGUGGUGGGUUCGGUGAACCAUGAGGAGAGCAAUCUGAGUGGUCACGUGAAGCUUGUGGCAGAGGAGGUUGUGCGUAAAGCUGAAAGCCUGCGUAUCAGUGAGAAAACCGUAGAAGCGAAAUGAAAACAUCGUUAGCUAAUCCCACAUAGAUUCAUUAGUUGGUUUUGAAUGACUAAAAGAUUGUGACUGAUGGUUUUGCCUUAUAAAAAAGUAUGUAAGACACAGAAUAAAACGAACAUAAUCUUCAACUCUAUUUGAAUGGAUCUAAUCGAAAUUUUGGCAAGAAA